AUGGCAGAGUCUACUGACUCCUCUCUUGUUUUCUCUCCCCUUCUUCCCGGUCCACCGGAGCAGCAGCGGCCAGUGAAGCAGUCUCUCAGCAAGUCUCUGUGCCGAGAGUCCCACUGGAAAUGCUUGCUGCUGUCCCUCCUCAUGUACGGCUGCAUGGGAGCCAUGACAUGGUGCCAUGUCACCAAGGUGACCCGGCUGACCUUUGACAGCGCUUACAAAGGCAAGUCCAUGAUGUACCACGACAGCCCCUGUUCCAACGGCUACGUCUACAUCCCCUUGGCUUUCCUGGUGAUGCUCUACGUGGUGUACCUGGUGGAGUGCUGGCACUGCUACACCCGCAACGAGCUGCAAUACAAAGUAGACGUGGAGAGUGUGCACGAGCGUGUGCAGCGGAUGCAGCAGGCGACUCCCUGCAUCUGGUGGAAGGCCAUCAGCUACCACUAUGUCCGCAGGACCCGGCAGGUUACCCGCUACCGCAACGGGGAUGCCUACACCACCACCCAAGUGUAUCAUGAGCGGGUCAACACCCACGUGGCAGAGGCUGAAUUUGAUUAUUCCAAUUGUGGAGUUAAGGAUAUCUCCAAGGACCUCAUUGACCUAGAGAGCUACCCCGCCACGCGGCUCCGCUUCACCAAGUGUUUCAGCUUUGCCAAUGUGGAGUCAGAGAACUCCUAUCUGACCCAGCGGGCCCGCUUCUUCACAGAGAAUGAGGGCCUAGAUGACUACAUGGAGGCCAGGGAGGGGAUGCACCUCAAAAAUGUGGACUUCAAGGAAUACAUGGUGGCCUUUUCCGACCCAGACAACCUGCCUUGGUAUGUAUCUCACUAUGUCUUCUGGGUGGCAGCUCUGCUGACCCUGUCCUGGCCCCUGAGGGUGCUAAAUGAGUACCGCACCUCCUAUGUCCAUUACCACGUGGAGAAACUCUUUGGGUUUGACUACGUGGCAGUGACGCCGGCCGAGGAGCGCACCUUCUGCCGGAGGAUGCCCCGCGUCAACACGGUGGACAGCACUGAGCUGGAGUGGCACAUACGAUCCAACCAGCAGCUGGUGCCCAGCUAUUCGGAAGCGGUCCUGAUGGACUUGGUGGGGCUCUCUGGCUGCACCAGCUACUCUGCUUGCCGGUACGGGGGCUACCGGCAGAACUGCGAGCGAUGCCACAGGACUAUAAGCAGCUCCUCCAUCUUCUCCCGCAGUGCUCUGAGCAUCUGCAAUGGCAGUCCCAGGAUUCCCUUCAGCAGCAGCCGCUUUUCUCUGGGCCGCCUGUACGGCUCACGACGCAGCUGCCUCUGGCAGAGCCGGAGUGGGAGCCUGAAUGAGCAGAGCUGCCCCACUGAGCAGACACGCCUCUCCAGCCAGGUGACUGUGGAGGAGGAAGACCCCCCUCCUUACCAGGAUGCCCUCUACUUCCCCGUUCUCAUUGUACACCGCAACGAAGGCUGCCUGAACCACGACCACCGUCACCUCCAUCGCAACGGGUCCUGUGUGGAGACCUCACUGUGAAAGCAGAGGGUGGUGAGAUCUCAUUGUCCGUUGCCUGGCCCAAGCCAGCACAGGAUUUGGGGAGAGGAGCACAGGGGGGACAGCCUAAGAGGACAUCAGGAUGGAGUGGACAUGGCAUCUUGCUCCAUCAGCCAGCGAAAGCUCCCCACAGUGUGGCUCUGACCUCCCAGAGGGGUGGGUGCUGAUGCUCCCCUGACAUGGCACAGAACUCUAGACCAACCACCACAUGCAAAAAAAAAUAAAUAAUUUAACCAAACCAACCCCAAAACCGUAAUUCAUGGCAUCAAGAUCCAAAGGGGAGAAUAAAAAGAUAGGCCUGAUGCAGGAAGGGGGUGGUUUUUGGCUCCCGGCCCUGGCUCCAGGCUGGCUCAUGCUCCGAGGAACCAGCAGCCAUCAGAAAGCACCUUGCUGCACCUCUGCCCACUCUGCUUCCCAUGCUGGAGCAAGACCCCUUGCAGUGUGGAGGGGAAUGGGCCCCUUGGGAGCAGGGUGUAACUGCCUGUAACGGAAGGUCUGGGGCAUCCAGGCACGUGGAUGGAGCCGCAGGUUAAAGCAAAGGCUGAAAGCCAUGAAUCCAGCUCUUCCCCUUCCCCCCAACUGUUCCCCACCCUCCCCAUUUUUUUUUUUAGACCACGCUCCGACUGUUACUCUGUUCUCACUGCUGGGAAUGGCAUCACCUCCAGAGGAUCCCAGGCUCCUCAGGAAGGUUCGGCAUAUCAGCUCUGAGUCAGCAUCCCUUAGGUAAAGGGUUUUCUGUUUGGGCACGCAGCACCGGGGAAGGGAUGAAUGUGCAAACCCAGAUGGAGCAGAGAUCUGCAGCGCUACUGAUGUGUUUGCUGGAGGAGGGCUCAGCUGGAAAGAGAAAACGGUAGGCCCCUGGUGAGCUGAGGAAGGGGAAGAGGAUGGCACUGGGACAGGCAUCAUGGUAUCAGGUGGCACGUCAAGUAGCUGGGGACCCUUCCUGGCUUUGAAUUGAGUCCUAAUUGGUUCAGACAAGCAUCAAGGAAGGCUCUGCUGCUCCACCAAGGGGAACGUUGUGCCCAUGGAUGUGAUCUGUCAACUCUCUCAAAAGCAAGCUAACAAGCAAACUGACCUCCACAGCACUGGGAGAGGAGCCUUCUCCCACAGGACCAUAGCCUUUCUGCACCUGAGGGAAAAGAGGUCCCAAGGACAGAACUGAACUGGCAAGACCCAUGGCCUCAUGGCCUGCCCUUCCUCCUUCCCUCCUUACCUCAUAUGUCUGUCUUGGGGGAGGGACAGUUUCCCUGUGGAGUUCAGCAAGCUCCUCUUCCUCAUACACAGGCUUAUACACAGGCUCUACCACAAGUAUAUCAUCCACCUAUGCAAAUCUUCCAGAAGCUGCCAGGUUUUCAGGAGCUCAUUACAAUGUGCAGCAUGGCCAUCCGGCACUGAGAAUAAGCACAGAGGCUGCUGGAAAGCUAAGUGGGUUUUAUUCCUCCCCCCAUUCCCAAGGACAACUGUUUUUGUUGGGCCAUUUUGUUUGUUCCGUUUUUGUAAACUUCAUUUGGGGGAAAUGAAGCUUGUGAGAAAUUGGUGCCCAUCCUGAACCCUCCCCAGUCUUUUGAACUUCGUGAAUGGAUGGAUCACCUACUGUGAUUAUAAUUUAACGGAUUUUGUAGAACAAAAUAACUUCACACACAGACACAUGAGGUUCUUUCACUCUCCAUCAGCACAAGCUGCUUCUGCGAUCUUAGCUACUCACAUUAGUGGAAGAAAAAGCCUAGCUAGAAUGUGGUGAGAUGACGUAGUACUUUGUAUCAGUCCCACGGUCCCAAUGUCCAUUAGCAGCGCUGUCGGCUGCUGUGCCAUGAAUUCGGACUUUGGAUGACAGCCCAUGAACCAGUCAGGGUAAAAGUUUGGAAAAACACAAGCCUGAGUCUAGUGCAUCUCCAGAAGCAGAUGCAGUGGGAGGAGCAGCUGAAAGCAGGCAUCACCUCCGGCUCGUCUGUGCCAGGAGCUGGUGGACUCUGUGCUGCACCUGUCCCCCAGGAAGAGCCUGCUCCCAGGGGCCAAGCAGAGGAGAAUGAGAGUAGUGACAUGUCUGAUGGAGCAUGAUGCACAGCACAGCUCAGCCAAUGGGAAACAGCAGUGACAACUAGACCCCAAAAUAACAGGAUUUCACUUUGGAAAUGCCAACAUCUUUUUUGAACUGAAAUGAGACUAGGAGGCCUUAACAGUUGUGAGAAGUGUUUCAUGUUGCUGUUCCUUGCUUAAAAAAAAAUAAUUUUUGGUGAUGAAGUGGGUUUAAACUCUCCACUCGUUCCAGCCCUUGUUGUGGUGGUGGAGAAGAAGUGCUCAAGGCAGAUUGGGAUGGUGUCCCUGUGGCUUCCCAGUGGGGUAGGCUGGAACAGAGGCUGGAGUUUAAAGUCUUCCUCUGAGGUGUGACCUGGCCAUCCACCUACACAUGCACGCAUGGUAGGGUGGGCUUCUGCAUGCUUGUGUGCACAGCUGGGACCCGUGGCCCUGCAGAGGGUUGGUGUGUUUGUGGCUCUGGGCUGGACACCCAUCUACCUUUGCGGCAAGGGCUUUUCAGGGUGACAGCCUUGUUCCUUGUGAGAGGAAAAUCCUGACCUGGUUUCUGUGAGAAGAUGGUGUGAAGUGUCACAUUUGCUGCAGUGAGUGCCAAGGAGCAGGGAUAAAAGCAUGGAGCAAGCUGUGUUUAAGAACAAGCUAAUCCAUUGCUGGCUGCCUGAAACAGGAGAGCUGCUGGAUCUGCUCCUUGGACAAUGUUUUCCGUCUCUUCCCACCCUCUCCAAACCUGAUAGGAAAACUGUCAUUCCUAUGAGGUAGCCAAAGGACCCCUCUCCCCUGAACUCCUCUGAGGCUGUGUGUUCACAUCAUUUGGGUCCUGUCCCUGCUGGGUGUUGUGGGCCAGCCAUGAAAUGCCAGCAGACACAUGAUGACCGCAGGCAUGCUUGUGGGCAGAACUCACAAUACCCUGCUGGUGCACAGCAUUCCAACAGUGCUCCCUGCCCUGCCAUGCCUCCUCCUUGCUUGGUGGAGAGCAACCGCGCACGUCCUGGCAUCAUCUUGUGCUUUUCCAGAGAAUUUCACAGCACUUGUCUGAGCCUCCGUAAUCAGGGUAAGUUCAACAGACCAAAGUUAGAAAACAGAAGGCCUUGGCAUUUUGGUGGUCCUGGUCCCCAAAUCUUUGGUGCUGCCCCUGGGGAGGAGAGGUAGGUCAGCUGUUGUGGCAGUGUGGGGGCAGGGAACAGCAUCGUAGUGAAAGCAGCAUAUCUGCUGGAGUCUCCAAACGUGUGCUCUGUGCUUCUCUGCUGGGGCUGAGAGCAGCUUUGCUGUGGGCUGCACUAAGUGCACUGAUGGAGGGCAGAAUAGCAUGUGAAUGGUCAGCAAGAUGUGGAGAGGAGGGUUGGUAGGAGAACAGCUGUGAAAAGGUUUACAGGUGCGGUGGUUUUUACAGGAGACAGAAGACAAGACGAGGCAGGAGGCUGUGGUGCUGGAGCAGCGGUGCUGCAAGGCAAGGGGGGGGAACAGAGGGAGCAGGGCGUUUGAUGGAGAAGCUUGGGAACAGAGGGGUCUUUCAAAGCAGUCUGUGCAUGCUCCAGCUGAGAAGACAGGCAGGAGGUAUUCCCAAGCUGAAGUGCCCAGGCCAUGUCUCGCUGCACUGCUGGAACAGUGGUGUUGCCUCUAAGCCCAGCACUGACAGCUUGAGCACGUGUCACCAACCGUGAUGGCUAAUGCAGCCACAAGGUGUAAGUGUCACUAAUGAAUAAAUUGCCCUGUGCCUUGGAGAGGCUAAUCCAUCACGGCCAGAGACAGGGAUCUGACAGGCUUGGCUAUUUCAGGCCUACCCUGUGGGGAGGAGGAAUGCUUCUUUUCUGAGCCAUCCCCUCCACCUAGGGAAACCAGUGCAGGGUUUGGCUCUGUGCCACCCCUCAGCUUCCCAGUCGCAUGAGCUCAGGCUUUGUCCCUUUUCACUGCAAUAGAAGGAAGAAGCAGUAAAGGAUCUAGGUUAGCCAAAAGUUCCCUGUCAGCAGGGUGGUGCAUGGGGCUAGCUGGUAAAGGAGUUUGGAGGGAGACUGCUGCACAGAGGACAGGGGUGACGUAGGGGCUGGUGGCAUAAAUUGGUGGGUCCCCAGCAAUCAGGAGAGCUUGUGUGAGUUGUCUGGGUUGUAGAGUUGCAUGGGCUGGGCUGUGCAUUUCAAGCCAGUAGUGCUUGGUGCCAUGUUUUACAAGCAUGCUGUUUCCUCCCCAGUUCAGUUUCGUAGUUUGCCUCUAUAAGAGACAACCUGGAAAUUCUCUGAGCCUGCCCCAGCCCAAGUUCUCCCCCCAUCCAGAGGUGGCUUCACUGUGCUGUCCCAGAGGCAAUGCACAGGACACCCAUUUUCCCCCGUGCUGUUGAACCCCAGCCACCAGCACUUCAUCUUAACUGUGCAGAGGGCCGGCAGGUACCCAAGCAGGCAGGGACAGAAGCUCAGUGUGGACAAAUCCAGCUCCAUGGGAGCAAAGGGAGGCUGAACAGCAACCAUUUCAGUGCACAGCCUCUGCCCAUCGCCGUGGCAGUCUGCUUCUCCUCCCCCACUCGGUGCUCAAAAUCAGCCUGCCAUCCUGUUUGUGACAUAUGCCAGUGUGACACCUUGCAAAUCAGUGCCUGGGUCGCUGUGAGCAAAAGCCGCCAGGCUUGGGAAGCUGGCCACCUUCUCCUGCUGCCGCGUGCACUCUGCUCAGAGCAGUGGAAGCCGGGCUCACCAUCUGCUCCAUGAGGGAGUGAGCUGGGCACCCCUGCUCCGGCCUGAUGGGGCACCCGCUAGCAUAGCCCAAGUGCAAGCCCUUGUGUCAUUCCCCCUCUUUUACUUUCCGACCACCCUCAUCUCUCCCCAUCUCUCUGGCACAGAUCCAUGGGCGGGGGGAUGUUCCCAGCUUGGCUGGGGUUCCUCUGCUGCUGAGUGCCACUCAUGCAGCAUUGGUGGGUGGUGGCGGUGCUGGAGGUCAUUCCCUCCUUCAGACAGAGGCCCACAGAUGACCCCCCUCCUCAAAGCCUGACAGUACUCCUUGGGGAUAGAUCUCAAAGGAGAGCUAAGGGGUCUGUCCUGGCCCUGUGCUGGCACAUUCCUUUCCCAGCACAGAGUGACCAGCUAGUUACCACUCUGGAAGGCAGUCCCACCGUACUGUAACUGGACCUGGAGCUGACAAGUGACUCACCUACAGCAGAAAUGUUUACAUUCAUACAAUCUGCUGUUGCUGGCAGACCUUUUUUUUAGCCAACAUGUGUGGUGUUUGACAUGGUUACAGCCCUUGCAGACUGGCGGAUAGUUGAUUGUUAGUCUUGGGUGUGGGCAAGUGGUGCAGGCAGCUUGGUGUGGACUUUGCUCUUUGGCCAAGAGAUUGAUGGGAGGGAGGGCAAAGGGUUCUCCAGGCACCAGCUAACUGUCCAGGCAUUCCUGCCUGUGGCAGCCCAGGAGUGGGUUUGGGGGGUACUUAGGUGGUAUUAACAGUCUCAGGACUGUUUGCAGGAAAAGGAGCAGUGAAUAUCCUGGAAACCAAGUCAGCAGUUUUUCUGGUGAUGACAUGUUUUCCCAAGCCUUUUCUUUCCUUCCUUUGUCCUCACUGGCUCUGGCAGUCAAUUCCUCCUCUUGUGUCUGCGAGCAUGUCUGCAGGAUCUCAUCGCUGCCCUCCCAGCAUGAGCUUUCAUUGCACAACUGGCUGACCAGCUGCAGCCCUGUCCUUGGAGCUAGAGGCAAGCUUGCCCAGGACCAGGCCAGUCCCAUUAAGCCAACACCCUCGCUGCUGGAGCUGUUGCUUCAUCAGCCUGAUGCUGAUCUGAGUCUUUUCUGCUGUUUCUGAACAUGAGUUCUCAUCUCAUUGAGGUUUGGUCAUCCAGUGGAAAUAUUUUGUAAAUGCAAAUAAAAAUAAAUAAGUAUAUUCAAUACCUCGGUCUCGAGGAUGGGAAACAAGUAGUGGGAGAUGCCCAGAUAGGGAGGUCUCACAGCUGCUGGUUCUGGUUAGGAAUUCUUGUGGAUGUAGCCCCUGAAGCUUCCAUCAAUAGUUGGGAAGGGAGCUACGCAAACUUGUGAGGGCUCGGGGCUGAGCCUUGUCAGCGCCCCUUGUGUGGCCAGUGCCACUGGGGACAGCCUCACACUCCAUCCUUCUGAUCUGUACGGGUGUGACAUGGUGCAGGUAAAGGUCCCGUCAGCCGGGGGCUGGCGGCACCACAGGUGUCUGUAUCCAUCAGGCAGGGCAAGGCAGAAGCGGGUACAUGGUGGAUAAAUUCUUUUGUGAACACUGGGAAACAGUUUUUACUUUUCAACUCUGUCAAUAUGAUCUAGCUCUGUCUGUCUCUCUAUAUAUGUACAAACAGUAUAUCACAAUGUUGCCUUUUUUGUUGGAAAUAUCAAAGUACAAAGAUUGUAAACCAAAUCGGUGUAAUAAAAGUUUCAGAUGAUUCACUGA